GGGAACAUAUCAUUUUCCUGUUCAGAGUCCCAUGUGGUUCCUGUCACUUUUACCAGCUCCAGCACAAGCUAUCUCCUGCUUCCUGGAACUUCACAAAUCGACGGCCUGUCCGUUAGUUUCCAGUUUCGCACAUGGAACAGUGAUGGUCUUCUGCUCUCUACCCAGCUUGCCGGAGAAUCUGCCGUGCUGGUUCUCCAACUCUAUAAUGGGAAGAUACUUCUAAUGAUCCAGAAGGAAUCAGUUAACAUUCUACCCAUAAGCACAG